AUGAAACCUAAAGGACAACAAUGUGUUGCCUUUGGUGAUCAAGUUAAGAAGAAAUUCGAGGAUGAAGAAUCCUUCCAUUCAGAUGUAUUAGUGUUCGAACAUUUUAAAAUGCUUCUUCAUAACAACUCAAGUGGAAAUGAGAGAGAUGAUGUAUGCAUUGCUCAUAACGGUAAAACAAAACCACUCACUCAAGUGAUUGGAGAAACAUUGAAAUAUCUAGUAGAUCGGACUGUGGAAGAAAUUUCCAGUAAAAGCAUCAAAACAGUACAAAAGAAAGAUAUUAUGUGGGUUUUAACUGUACCAGCAAUCUGGACAUGGAAAGCUAAGAGUAUAAUGAGGAAUGCCAUGAGAGAAUAUGGCCAAAUAGAAGAAAAAUUUAUCAUUGAAGCACUUGAACCUGAAUGUGCUUCAAUUACUUUGUGGCAAGAAAAUCCUGAAAUUGCCAAUCAAAGUAAAACUGCAAUGAUUGUGGAUAUUGGGGGAGGAACAGUUGACAUUAGUGUACAUAAAUUGAAUACAAAAGAAAAAAGAUUAGAGAGUAAAUUAGAAGCAAGAGGAGGAGCUUGGGGUGGACGAAACAUUGACCGAUCUCUAUUCGAAUUUAUGCAAGAAGUUUUGAAGUUUGAUUUUACUUCAUAUAAAUUUAAAGAAAAUGGUGACUAUUUCGAUUUAACAGCAAAUAUAGAAGACUUGAAAGUUUGUUUUGCUAAAGACUUUGAUCCAAGAGACUACAAAGACAAGAAUGGUAAUCUUUCACUCAAUCAUGACCAAAUCAAAUAUUCUAUUGUAAAAAGAAUUGAAGAAUACAAGGAAAGAACCAAAACCAAACAAGUUGAUUCUCUUCAGAGAAAGUAUGGAAUCAAAAUUUCAUUUCAAAUACUUUUCAGCUUUUAUAUGAAAAUUUUACAAAAUAUUACUUCUACUAUCAAUGAAAUCAUAACACAAUUAUCAAAGAAUAAUAUAGCAAUUGACUAUAUUUAUCUAGCUGGAGGUAUGGCAGAGGCAAAAGUAGUUGUCGAUGAAAUUAAGAAUUCUAGUAAGAAUAAGCAAGUAGCAGUUGUUACAAAUCCUCAGACUGCAAUUGUAAGAGGUGCUGUCUAUUAUGGACUCAAUCAAAAUAUUAUCAAAACAAGAGUUUCUACAUUUACUUACGGGUUAUCUGUGAAUGCACCAUUCAAUCCUGCUAUUCAUGAUACAUCGAGAAAAAUUAUUAAUUUUAAUAAGGAAGUUAUGUGCAAAGAUUGCUUUUUAGAAAUAGUUAAAAUAGGUGAGGAAAUUGACACGAAUCAAAUCAAAUCAUUAAGUGCUCCUCCAACAACAGUUGAUCAAACUGUAAUUAAUUUUAAUAUUUUACAAACAAAGAAAAGUAAUCCUAAAUAUGCAGAUGAAAAAGAUGUUGAAAUAUUAGCCUCAAUUAGUAUUGAUAUUUCGGAUUGUUUGCAUUUACCAAUUGAAAAGAGGACUGUCACUGUUAACUUUAUGUUUGGAGCUACAAUUAUUUAUGUGAAUGCAAUUAAUGAAGCUACUGGAAAACAAGAGAAUGUCUAUAUUUCAUUUGAUUACACUUCCAAUAAUAAUAACACUUCAAAGAGAUCUUUAGAAGAGGAAUGUACUUCCUCUAAAAAGACCAAAUCUAAUCCCACAUCAACUGAUCCCUUAACUUCCAUACUUCAGAAAAAAGAAGGAAACAGUCUCUUUAGUGAUAUUCUGCAAAGAAAUUCAAAGAGUCAGCACGUUGCUCCAAUAUUAGUGAAAGACAAUGAAAGUGAAAAAUUUGAAGAUGAAGUUAAAACGUAUGAUACUGUUUAUAAUGGUAUUAUUAGAGAUUAUAAACCAAAGGAUUUCUUUAGGGCCCUCUUUAGAAUUAAGGAUAUUCCACAAAAAUACCUAUCAAGUUAUUCUGAAUUAGCAAAAUAUUUGACUGAACCUUUCACAAAUGUGGAAGACAAAGCAAAAGUUAUCUAUGCAUGGAUCACCCAUAAUAUUGCCUAUGAUGUUUAUUCAGCAAGAACCAAUUCAUAUCACAAUGAUCCAAUCAAAACAUUUAAAGAAAGAAAGGGUGUAUGUGGAGGAUAUGCUGCCUUAUUUCAAGCAAUGAUGUUUCAAUGUGAUGUUCCUUCAACAGUUAAAAUUAAUGGUAGAUCUAAAUCAGUAGAUGGAAAUGUAGGAUCUCAUGCAUGGAGUGCUGUUCAAUUAGAAAAUGGUCAAUACUUUCUAUUAGAUUGUACUUGGGGAGCUGGAUUUACUUCAUCAGGUAUAUUCGAAAGACAUUUUAAUCCAAACUACUUCUUUGUCAAUCCAAAAACUCUAAUAUCUACUCACUUACCUGACAAUGAUAAAUGGCAAUUUUUAGAAAAAACAGUAACUCCAGAUGAGUAUUAUGAACUACCUGUAAUUACUCAACAUGGUAUUAAUAAUGGAUUGACUAUUAUUUCAAACAAGAAAAAGAGUAUUCUUUUACAAGAUACAAACAGAGGAAUUUUGGUUCUUCAAGCCAAUCCAAACUUGAAUUGGGAUGCUGAUUUAAAAGAUUUGAGUGGAAAUUCAAUUGCAGACAAAACUUUUGUCUGUAUGAAUCCAGUAACGAUUAAUGAUGUCUUUGUUACUAAAUAUAAGGGAAUGGAAGAUGCACGAGUUGGAAUUCUCCAUCCAUUACAAAAGAGAUUAGAUUCUGAUAAGGAAUGGACAUUUGUGUUAAAAAAUCCUCAAGGAAGAGAUUUAUAUUUUAGUUAUGAUGGGCAGUACAUUCCACUUGUAAAAGUGGGAGAAUUUCAAGUAAUGAAAACAAGAAUUCCACCAAAUGCCAAACAAAUCAGUAUUUGUUUUAUGGAAGGAGAAUAUUGGGUAACCAUCUGUCGUUAUGAUGUUCAAUUAGUAAUAUAG